AUGGUACUCACCCUUAACACUUUCGGCAGUCUCCGAACUGGUGGCGAGCAAUUUCCCACAACAAGUCGUUCCACGCUCUCACCCACCCUGGCGACGGCGCGUGAGGAGCGUGUGGACCCCAGCCAACCCGGCGCCUCGAUGCAGCCACUCUUUCAGAUGAACGCCAAUGAGAAUUUCGGGGCGUUUCCAUCUUCCACGGCCUUCCCGCCGCCGAAUUCCGCCUUCCCUGCCGCCCCCAACAAGAAUGGUUCCUCCGUCUUCGGAGCCGACCCCUUUGACCCUGUGUGUAUGUGGGUUACUGGUUUGGAAACUGCGUGUUUCGCUUUAUCGUCGGGUCGCCCAGAAACCACGGCCCAACCCUUCGCCCGAAAUUUUCAUUGGCGUUCACCUUCGCACGACACGGUGUCUGUUUCUGGAAAAGUUGCGUUAGAGAUGGUGCCGAAACUGUACAGUAGCCAAUCACGGCUCGUUACAUCUGUUGUAGGUUCUGGCGACGCCUUCGGCUUCGGCACACAGCCCGCCAACUUCGCCACCGCAUCGUCUUCCCACGACCUGGAUCCCUUCGUGCCUGUCCAGCAGAACUCACCCGAUCCCUUUAGCCCGCAGCUCAAGGGUUCUUCCGACCAUCAUUCCAAGUCCUCCUUCGACUCCAACAAGUUUGACGCUGUCUUCGGUAGCGCGCCAACAGAGAGCACGCCGUUCUCGUCCAACGCGUCGAGCAACAGCAAGAAGGUUCCUCCACCGCGUCCCGCCACCCAGCCCAACGUCAGCAAACAUAGAGGCAGUCACACGGAUGGCGCUGCACGUCAAAAUGACUCUCCGAAAGGCAAACUUCGCGGAGUCUUCGGCAAAGCUGGUGGCGGCGGUGCUGGUAAGUCCUUGUUGACGCGUUCCACGAGUUCCAAUCACAGCGGUCAAGGUGGCGCCGGGCAUCACGUAAUGUCGGAGGAGGAGCAGCUGAGGUGGGCCACCCUGGAGAGUCGGCGGUCGGCCGAGCAGGAGGAGAUGCUGCGUGCGAAGGAGGAGGCCGAUUUGGAACUGGCGCUUCGACUCUCUCGCUUGGAGUCCGGCACCUAG